UCCACCAAUCACAGUGCGGAAUGAAGGAAUUACUUCCGGUGUGACGUCAUAAACGCGAAAUUGUUACAAACACUCGAGAAGUCCUUGGGGGAGACAUCAGGAAGCUGAAAACUACGACAAAAGAUUUUUUCGAGGUUUCAAGCGCAGUUGGAAGUGCUAAACACCAUGCCAUACCUACUCAUCAGCACGCAGAUUCGAAUGGAGUGUGGUCCCACCAUUGUAGGGGAUGUGGAGUCAGACAAAGACUUGAUGGAGUACCUAGGGGCGACUCUGCAGCAGAUGCUAGGAAAUAACUUCAAAGAGUGGCGGACGCCCAAGUCUCCUCGCGUGGUGCUGGACCUGCUGGAGAGGCGCGGCUGGCGGGUGGUGGGGAUGACGGGGAUCGGGCAGACGUGCGCAUGGACGUUACACAAACCGCUCACGCCGCAGAAGAAGCAAGCAAACGGUCACCAAGAGAAGGCAGCUGCCACCAAUGGGGAGCCUGCACCACAGAAACUGUCCGACAUGGACCUGUCCUGACACUUGUCAUGGUUACUACUGACUACCUUUAUUGCUGUAUUAUGUACUGUACAUCCUUUCAUACCAAAUGAUCCACCUGCAAUGAAGCAUGAAGACAGUAUUUGGUUCUGGGAAAGCUCUUGUUUUGAUAACAAGGAACCCAUUUAUUGUUCUCCUUUUGUAGGUAAUUACCAGCAACAACACUGUGGCAAAUUAACACUUCAAAGGUGUUAACAAUUCUAUUUUGUCAAAUCUGGUGCAAAAAAAAGAGCAUUUAAUAUAGAAAGUGUUUGCCAACUUGCCAUACUACCGAAGUACUGAUAACUUUUUUUAUAGGGCUGAUUAAGCAAAUAGGCCAAUUAUAUCUAUAUUGUGAAGUGGGAGGUACUGGUACAAAGUGCAUAUACGUGUGAUUGAUUUUACUGAGGUGAGUCUACUCUCAAAACCUUACCUACCAUGGACACUUUAAGAACAUAGAGACAUUAAUGUAUGGUGGUGGAGCAGGUUAAGGAUAGAAAAAAUUGAUGAGAUUAUUGUUUUAUAUGGUAGGAUUUUUUUAAUGCUGGGAUUUUGUAGUAAUGUACUUUUCAUUAGUUGAAAAAUAUGAGAUGCAGACAGUGAGAGGUAAAAUGCCUUUAAUACUGUAUCAUACUUUAGGCUAUACAAAACUUCAAAAAUAUUAUAACACAAUAUCUAUUGUACGAAAUUGAAGACCUGUGAUGUACAUUAUGAGCAGCUCAAAUGGUUAAAAGCCCUUAAAAGUUUUACCAGUAUUAUUCUACCUAUAUAUCAGGUUACAACAGAACAGGGAAAAUAAAUAGAUAUUUCAUU